AUCCCGAAAACAACAAUUCUUUUCUUCGAGUCGGGCAUAUAUAUGCACCACCGAUCCUCAACUCUAUUUCUACGAAACACCCAUUUCAGCUUUUUACAUAAAUUGUAUAAAUUUCAGUGCUUUUCUGCUUGGGGCGUUGAUGAUUGUCAAUCUUGGGUCACUUCUCUACAGCCAUUAUAGCUCUUUAAAACAGAAUUGUUGAAUUGAUAGGGGUUUUGAUUGGGAAUUUGGAAGCAAGUUUUAAUUUUGUGAAUUGGGUUGUGGGAUUUUGAGGUUUUUGUGUUUGGAUAUGUGGGUGUGUUUUGGUUUGAUUGGUGUUUGAUAAAUGGAAUGUGAGGGUAAAGAUUUUGGAUCAAAUCAAGAAUUGGUGCAAAUUGGGUUAGGGUUUGAUGUGAAUUGUGGUGUUGGGAAAACUAGGGUUGAGAAGAUGGAUGUGGAGAAAGUGGUGAAAAAGAAAAGAUCUGCGGAAGUUAAAAUCGGGUUUGAGGUGGAUGACGAUGAGCCGAUUGGAUCGUUGUUUAAGGUUAAGAGUAGACGGAACCCGAAGAAGGUUAAAGUGGAAAGUGAUGGCGGUUUACAAGAUCAGGAGUUGGGUGGGUUGGACGAUACGUUGGCUGCGUUUAGGAAGAAGUUGAAGGGGCCGAAGAAGGAAUCGAGGGUUGGUACAAGAAAAGGGGCGGAUUUAGAUGCUGAUGUGGCGAAAGAACCGUGUGCGUUUGAAGGUGGAGUUGAUGAGAGCGUCAAGAAAGAGUCGAAAAACAGUGGUAAACCGAAACGCAAAAAGUCGGUGAAGAAGAAGGUGAUCGACGAGAGUUUGACAAAUAACGAUAAAGAGGGUGAUUUGGAGCUUAAAGGGUUAAAAAACAGCGGUAAAGAGAAAAACAAGAGGUCCAAAAGUAAGUCAAUGAAGAAGAAGACAUCGGGUGAGAAUUUGACGCAAAACAAUCAUGAACCGUCUUCGGAUGAUCAUCUAGAAGAUUCCCUAUCGGCGUUUCUGCUCAAGGCACAAUCUGGCUCGGUUCAGAAAGCUAAAAAGGCGUCGAAACUUAAGCAAGUUAAAACGGCUCAAGGUUGUAUUGAUGGAGUGGAACGAAAGCCGAAUGAUCGAGUCACUGUUGAGGUUGUCGAAGAUGAAAGAUUAACAGAACACCCGAGUAAAGAUUCGAUUAGAAAUGAUGUUGUUAAGGAUGAUUUAGAUCAUUCAUCCUCUGAAAUAGCAAAGUUGACCCAUGAUGUUUCUGAGAUUGAAGUUCAUGAAGAAAAGAUGGACCCCACCUGCCCUAUACCCGAGAGCGCACCAAUUGUAGGGUUCAUAACUAGCCCCGUAUCAACCGCAGACCAGAAAAUUUCCUCAAGCUUGUUAGUUCAAAACGAGACUAUGGACCAGGGUUCGAACCCCGUUGGUGGGGUUGUCUCGGACCAGUUUCAAAACGGUUCACGUAGUACGCAACCGCAUUCACAUAAGGAAGUCACUUCCAGCGACUGCGACAGUCCAAAUCACGAAAUUGUUUCGGUUGCUUCACAAAAGGAGAACGCAUCAACAUCAGACGGCGAAUGCAAUAAAUCUGCAGAUGAAAACGAAGCUUACGCAAGUGAAACCGGAUCUAUGCUCGAUCAUCGCGAACCAAAAUCCAAUAAAACGUCAGCUGGCAAGCGGAUCGCGAGACAGGCUAAACGACACAGGCAUGAUGACAUGGCGUACGAGGGUGAUGCUGACUGGGAGACACUGAUUUACGAACAGAAUUUUCUGGUAAACCAUCAAGAUAGUGAUAAGGUCCAGUCAGUUAAAACAAAGGGAAAACUAGAUUUCUUGCAAACGAUUGCUAUGGAGACAGAAAGUGGAGGGGUGGCAGCUGUUUCGGUCGGACUGAAAGCUCGUUCUGCGGGCCCCGUUGAGAAGAUGAAGUUUAAGGAGUUACUGAAACGUAAAGGCGGGCUACAAGAGUACAUCGAGUGCAGGAAUCAUAUUUUACAUCUUUGGAAUACGGAUGUAACGCGCAUAUUACCGCUGUCGGAAUGUGGAAUAUCUGAUGCUAACGUUGAAGACGAGCACCCACAGGCUUCUUUGAUUAGGGACGUCUACGCGUUUCUGGAUCAAUACAGUUACAUAAACUUUGGAGUUGCUUCUAACAAGAAGAUAUCAGACGGUGGUGCGAAGCCCAAUUUCAGGCUUUCCGGAGACGAGAACGAUGGAAGAAAAUCUGGAGCCCCGGUUACCGAUUUGGAUGACGGGGUUUCCUUUAUUCUCGGUAAAACGAAAAAUUACGAUAACUUGACAGAUGACAUUGAUACAGCUAAAGAAGCUUUAGAUGCGAUUGUUAAAAAAGAUAAGGAUGCUGAGGCGUUGGAUUUACCACACGAAUGCCCAGAAAAUAAUUGCGAUAGUGGAAAAUCACCAAACCGUCAGGUAGAAGAUUCGGUUGAUCAAAAGGAGCCGACUGUUUGUAUGCAGUGUGACGAUUCAGAAACACGAAAGAAAAUCAUAAUAAUUGGAGCGGGUCCCGCUGGAUUAACCGCUGCCCGACACUUGAACCGUCAGGGUUUCCAUGUGACCGUGUUAGAGGCUCGUGAUAGAAUCGGGGGUCGGGUUUAUACCGACCAUUCGUCUCUUUCGGUGCCGGUAGAUCUCGGGGCUAGCAUCAUCACCGGUGUUGAGGCUGAUGUCACGUCUCAACGAAGGCCCGACCCGUCUUCGUUAAUUUGCGCACAAUUGGGCCUUGAGUUGACCGUUUUGGACAGUGACUGUCCUCUUUACGAUACUGUCACGGGUCAAAAAGUUUCUCCAGAUUUGGAUGAAGCGUUGGAGGCUGAAUACAAUAGCUUACUUGAUGACAUGCAGUUGGUUGUAGCCCAAAAGGGCGAUCGUGCAAUGCAAAUGUCCCUUGAAGAGGGUUUAGAAUACGGGCUUACGAUCCGGCGGGUCGGAACCGCUAAAACGGAUUCCGGAAAUGAGAUAUUAAGUCCCCUUGAACGGAGAGUCAUGGAUUGGCAUCUCGCUCAUUUGGAAUACGGUUGUGCUGCUUCACUACAGCACGUAUCUCUUCCGUAUUGGAAUCAAGAUGACGUUUAUGGCGGAUUCGGUGGAGCCCACUGUAUGAUCAAAGGUGGUUAUAGUGCGGUUGUUGAUUCGCUUAAAGAAGGACUACAUACCCACCUCAAUCAUAUGGUUACCGAUGUUUGCUAUCAGCAAGAAGAUGAAUCACAAAAGAAAGUUAAAGUUUUUACGAAAAACGGUAAGGUUUUCACGGGAGAUGCGGUUUUAAUCACGGUCCCACUUGGGUGUUUAAAAGCCGAAACGAUAAAGUUUUCUCCGUCAUUACCCGAAUGGAAGAAUUCUUCUAUUGAACGUCUCGGUUUUGGUGUUCUUAACAAAGUUGUCUUGGAAUUCUCCGAAGUGUUUUGGGAUGAGUCUAUUGAUUACUUUGGAGCUACGGCAGAAGAAACCGAUCAACGGGGGUGGUGUUUUAUGUUUUGGAACGUGAAAAAAACAGUUAACGCACCCGUGCUUAUAGCGUUAGUGGUCGGGAAAGCGGCAAUCAACGGCCAAGAUUUAUCCCCGUCUGAUCAUGUAAACCACGCGUUAGUGGUGCUUCGGAAGCUUUUCGGUGAGGCUGCAGUACAUGAUCCGGUUGCAUCGGUGGUGACAGACUGGGGACGUGACCCGUUUAGCUACGGUGCUUAUUCUUACGUUGCGGUUGGGGCAUCUGGUGAAGAUUAUGACGCAUUGGGUCGGCCCGUUAAUAACUGUCUAUUCUUUGCGGGUGAAGCCACGUGUAAAGAGCAUCCCGAUACGGUCGGUGGGGCAAUGAUGAGCGGGUUACGGGAAGCGGUUCGUAUAGUCGAUAUAUUAACUACAGGAAACGAUUUUACAGCAGAAGUAGAAGCAAUUGCUGCUGCAAAGAGACAUUCUGACACUGAACGGAGUGAAGUUCGGGACAUUAUUAGAAGACUUGACGGAAUCGAACUCACAGAUGGUCUUAAACACACGUUGUUACAGAAUAUGUUUAUUAACGCAAAGAGUAGAGCCGGACGGUUGCAUCUUGCUAAAGAGCUAUUGAAUCUUCCUCCGGAUGUUCUUAAAUCGUUUGCCGGAACUAAAGAAGGGCUCGGCAUUCUCAACUCAUGGAUAUUGGAUUCAAUGGGGAAGAACGGGACUCAACUGUUGCGUCAAUGUGUUCGUCUUCUUGUGCUUGUAUCUACCGAUCUACUUGCAGUUCGUCUCUCAGGUAUUGGGAAAACUGUGAAAGAGAAGGUUUGUGUGCAUACUAGUCGAGAUAUACGCGCUAUAGCAAGCCAGCUUGUUAGCGUAUGGGUUGAGAUAUUUAGAAAGGAGAAGGCUGCUAACGGCGGGUCGAAAUUAUUACGGCAAUCGAGUGCUGCAGAUGCUUCCAAAAGUAAAUCUCAUUUAGCUUCCGGGAAACCGCCACUCCGUGCGCAUCAUGCUUCAUCGGAUAACCGAGCCGUGAAGGGCGUAUCUGUAAAUACACACAAUCGAAAAUCUGUAACGAAGCCUGAACAUAAACCGUCUAGCUCUCAGGGUUCAGCGGGAAAACAAAACUAUAGGGAGGAAGAUUUUAAAGACAUACCGCUUUCUGAAGAGGAACAAGCUGCUAUUGAUGCUGCAGAAGCCGCGCGUGCUGCUGCUAUUGCAGCUGCUGAGGCGUACGCAUCAUCUGGUGCCAAAUGCAGCACACCGUUGCAGCUUCCAAAGAUACCGUCUUUUCACAAAUUUGCCAGACGGGAGCAAUACGCACAAAUGGACGAAUCCGAGUUCCGGAAGAAGUGGGCUGGCGGCGUUACAGGGCGGCAAGAUUGCUUAUCUGAAAUAGAUUCUAGAAACUGCAGAGUAAGAGACUGGUCAGUAGACUUUUCCGCUGCCGGAGUCAACAUCGAGAGUUCCAAAAUAUCCGUCGAUAACCAUUCACAACGAAGCAACUCGAAUGAAAACGCAGGCCCAGUGAGUUACAAAGAGCAUUCGGGUGAAAGUACGGGUGUUGACAAGAGCAUAUUUACAAAAGCAUGGGUUGAUAGUGCCGGUAGUGAAGGGAUAAAAGACCAUAGUGCUAUUGAACGAUGGCAGUCUCAAGCUGCAGCGGCUGAUUCCGAAUUCUAUCAUAGGAGUAUGCAUGCGAUGGACGAAGAGUAUUCGAAUAUGAAUCUAAAGCCGUCAAAUCGCAGGCAUGACGCGUUGGCAAACGAGAGCUCUGCUUCGCAAGUUACGGUGAACCGGGAGUUGAUCGGUAACCAGCCUCGAGGUGUAGACAAAAUUAAACAAGCUGUUGUUGAUUAUGUGGCGUCACUUCUUAUGCCUCUUUAUAAAGCGAGAAAAGUUGAUAAAGAAAGUUAUAAGUCGAUAAUGAAGAAAACAGCCACCAAGGUUAUGGAGCAGACUACUGACGCAGAGAAAGCGAUGGCCGUAUAUGAAUUUCUUGAUUAUAAGCGCAAAAACAAGAUACGAGCCUUCGUGGACAUGUUAAUCGACAGGCACUUGGCUAUGAAGACAGAUGCGAAAUCUGGAUGUUCCUGAAGACCUGGAUUCAAUUGCUUAAAAAAAUUUAAAACAAAAAAAAUAAAAAUAAAAAAAUAGAUGAAGAAGAUGACCACAAGAGACCAUCAAUUAUGGAAGUCUUCCUUGACUUUUGGUAUGGGUUUUGUUUUUUUUUUUUUUUUUUUUUUUUUUUUUUUUUUUUUUUACAAUUGAGAAUUGUAAUUUAGUUAGGAAGUGAAAACCCAUUUCUGUCCUUUCUUGAAAUCUGUACAGGUUAGGUUAGACCUUGUGGCAACAAAGAUUAUACAAGACAGUUUUCUUUCGAAACAAAUUCCCAUUUCGUUUC